CGGGCCCCCCGGCCCCCGCCCCGCUCCCCGGCGGGACACUGUCCCUUUAAUAGACUCCCUCUGCCUGGCGCUCUGCGGCUGGGGAGUAAAUUUCUCCCUGUCAUCAGGUCGCGGGGAGAGGAGGAGGAGGAGGAGUUUGUUAAUGUUCAGUUUGUUCAGCGGGAUCGAUGUUUGCUGGCAUCGCCUCGCCCUGUCUUGUGUGUGUGCGCGAGUGUGUGUGUGUGUUUGUGUGUGUGCAUACGUGGGGGGUGUGAGUGCGUGUGUGCGAGGAAGCGAGAGUGCGUGCGUGUGUGAGUGCGUGUGAGUGUGUGUGUGUGAGUGUGUGUGUGUGUGUGUGUGUGAGUGAGUGAAUUCCAGAUUUUCAGUCUUUCCAAAACCCGCUCCUGUCCUCUCGCAUAUCACUCACAGACGGGGAUCUGACAGCAGCCACAAACCCACAGUGAGUGAUCUCCCCCUGCGCGGAUCCGCCAUCGAGAUCGGCAAGGAGGAGGAGGAGGAAGAGCAGCAGGAGGAGGUGGAGGAGGAGGAGGUGGAGGAGGAGGAGGAGGGAAAGAGGAGAAGGAAGAAGAAGAAAAAGAAGAAGAAACCCACUACCUUCCCAGGAUUGCCUUUUUUCCUUAUCUUUACGCGCGCGUGUGCGUGUGGCGCGUGUGCGCCCCUCGUCCCUUCCAUCUGAACCCGGUCUUGGAUGUUUAAUAAAGAAAUCAAGUGUCUCAACAGUCACCAAAAAAAAAAAAGCAAAAACAAACAAAAAAAAAAUUCCAAAAGCCAAAACAAAAAAGAGAGAGAGAGAGAAAGAGAGAGAAAGGAAAAAAAAAAUCCAAAACAAACAAACAAACAAACAAGGCAGAACCAACCUCUACUUCAAACCAGCCGGCACAAGCCACCCGUGUCUGCCACCCAGAGAGGGGGGUCUCUGGCCCGUGGUGGAGGAGUUGCAGGGGGGAUCGUCAGGGGGACAGAGGCCGAGUGACGUCCUAGGAGCCACCAGGCAAGAGGCGGAGGAGACCCAGAGAGGCCAGAGAGACAGCGGGCCCCCGCGCGCGGCUCGGGGCUGGGGCGCCAGAAGUGGGACUGGAGCGAAGUAGAGCGAUGCCAAGGAGGAAACAGCAGGCACCCAAGCGGGCGGCAGGCUAUGCCCAGGAGGAACAGCUGAAAGAAGAGGAGGAAAUAAAAGAGGAAGAGGAAGAGGAGGAGGACAGCGGUUCAGUAGCUCAGCUUCAGGGUGGCAAUGACACAGGGACAGAUGAGGAGAUAGAAACAGGCCCAGAACAGAAAGGCUGCUUCAGCUACCAGAACUCGCCAGGAAGUCACUUGUCCAAUCAGGAUGCCGAGAACGAGUCUCUGCUGAGCGAUGCCAGCGAUCAGGUGUCGGACGUCAAGAGCAUCUGUGGCCGAGAUGCCUCGGACAAGAGAGCGAACGCUCACCCCAAGCUUCCGAGCGAGGCACACAACUGCAUGGAUAAAAUGACGGCUGUCUACGCCAACAUCUUGUCUGAUUCCUACUGGUCAGGCCUGGGCCUUGGCUUCAAGCUGUCCAACGCGGAGAGGCGGAAUUGUGACACCCGCAAUGGCAGCAACAAGAGCGAUUUUGAUUGGCACCAAGACGCUCUGUCCAAAAGCCUGCAGCAGAACUUGCCUUCUAGAUCCGUCUCGAAACCCAGCCUGUUCAGCUCGGUCCAGCUGUACCGGCAGAGCAGCAAGAUGUGCGGGACCGUGUUCACGGGGGCCAGCAGGUUCCGCUGCCGGCAGUGCAGCGCCGCCUACGACACCUUGGUCGAGCUGACCGUGCACAUGAACGAGACGGGCCACUAUCAAGAUGACAACCGCAAAAAGGACAAACUCAGACCCACGAGCUAUUCAAAGCCCCGGAAAAGGGCUUUCCAGGAUAUGGACAAGGAGGAUGCUCAGAAGGUCCUGAAAUGUAUGUUUUGUGGCGACUCCUUCGAUUCCCUCCAAGAUCUGAGCGUCCACAUGAUAAAAACAAAACAUUACCAAAAAGUGCCUUUGAAGGAGCCAGUACCAACCAUUUCGUCGAAAAUGGUCACUCCGGCGAAGAAACGCGUCUUUGAUGUCAACCGGCCGUGCUCCCCCGACUCGACCACAGGGUCGUUCGCAGAUUCCUUUUCCUCCCAGAAGAACACCAGCUUGCAGGUGAGCUCCAACAACCGCUACGGCUACCAGAACGGCGCCAGCUACACCUGGCAGUUUGAGGCCUGCAAGUCCCAGAUCUUGAAGUGCAUGGAAUGUGGAAGCUCUCACGACACCUUGCAGCAGCUCACCACCCACAUGAUGGUCACGGGUCACUUUCUCAAGGUCACCAGCUCUGCCUCCAAGAAAGGGAAGCAGCUGGUGUUAGACCCACUGGCGGUGGAGAAAAUGCAGUCCUUGUCGGAGGCCCCGAACAGCGAUUCCCUGGCUCCCAAGCCGUCAAGUAACUCUGCGUCUGACUGCGCGGCCUCCACGACCGAGCUAAAGAGAGAGAGUAAAAAAGAGCGAGCAGAGGAAGCCGGCAAGGAUGAGAAAGUCGUCAAAAGCGAGGACUACGAAGAUCCUCUACAAAAGCCUUUAGACCCCACGAUCAAAUACCAGUAUCUGAGGGAGGAGGAUUUGGAAGAUGGCUCCAAGGGUGGAGGGGACAUUUUGAAAUCUUUGGAAAAUACAGUCACCACAGCCAUCAACAAAGCCCAAAACGGGGCUCCGAGCUGGAGCGCGUACCCCAGCAUCCACGCGGCCUACCAGCUGUCGGAGGGCACCAAGCCGCCUCUGCCUGUGGGAUCCCAGGUCCUGCAGAUCCGACCUAAUCUCACCCACAAGCUGAGGCCAAUUGCACCCAAGUGGAAAGUCAUGCCACUCGUCUCUGUGCCCACGAACCUGGCCCCGUACACGCAAGUCAAGAAGGAGUCGGAAGACAAAGAUGAAGCCGUGAAGGAGGGUAGGAAAGAAAGUCUCCACGAAGAGGCCUCGUCUUUCAGCCACGGGGAGGGGGACUCUUUCUCCAAAAGCGAAACGCCUUCAGAAUCCAAAAAGCCUGAGCCGUGUCCCCUGAAGGAAGAGGACAAGCUGAUGAAAGAGUGUGGAGAGAAAGAGAAACCCCAGCCCCUGGAGCCCACGUCUUCUCUCAGCAACGGCUGUGCCCUGACCAGCCACCCCGCGGGCCUCCCGUGCAUCAACCCGCUCAGCGCCCUGCAGUCCGUCUUGAACAACCACCUGGGCAAAGCCACGGAACCCUUGCGCUCGCCUUCCUGCUCCAGCCCGAGCUCAAGCACAGUUUCCAUGUUUCACAAAUCCAGUCUCGGCGUCAUGGACAAGCCGGUGCUGAGUCCCGCCUCCACCAGGCCGGCCAGCGUGUCCAGGCGCUAUCUAUUUGAGAACAACGACCAGCCCAUCGACCUGACCAAGUCCAAAAGCAAGAAAGCCGAGUCCUCGCAAGCACAAUCCUGCACGUCCCCGCCUCAGAAGCACGCUCUGUCUGACAUCGCCGACAUGGUCAAGGUCCUCCCCAAAGCCACCACCCCAAAGCCCGCCGCAUCUUCCAGGGUCCCUCCCAUGAAGCUGGAGAUGGAUGUCAGGCGCUUCGAGGAUGUCUCCAGCGAGGUCUCGACUUUGCAUAAAAGAAAAGGCCGGCAGUCCAACUGGAACCCUCAGCAUCUUCUGAUUUUGCAGGCUCAGUUUGCCUCCAGCCUCUUCCAGACAUCAGAAGGCAAGUACCUGCUGUCCGAUCUGGGCCCGCAAGAGCGUAUGCAAAUCUCGAAGUUUACAGGACUUUCCAUGACCACCAUCAGCCACUGGCUGGCAAACGUCAAGUACCAGCUUAGGAAAACGGGCGGGACGAAGUUUCUGAAAAACAUGGACAAAGGCCACCCUAUCUUUUAUUGCAGUGACUGCGCCUCCCAGUUCAGAACCCCUUCUACCUACAUCAGUCACUUGGAAUCUCACCUGGGUUUCCAAAUGAAGGAUAUGACCCGCAUGGCAGUGGAUCAGCAAAGCAAGGUGGAGCAAGAGAUCUCCCGGGUAUCGUCGGCUCAGAGGUCUCCGGAAACAAUAGCUGGCGAAGAGGACACAGACUCUAAAUUCAAGUGUAAGUUGUGCUGUCGGACAUUUGUGAGCAAACAUGCGGUAAAACUCCACCUAAGCAAAACGCACAGCAAGUCACCCGAACACCAUUCACAGUUUGUAACAGACGUGGAUGAAGAAUAGCUCCGCAGGUAUGGGUUUGCUGCCAGGCGAUGGUGACAGUGGCCUUGGGAGGAGCUUCUGGAGGGGAGACGGGUCUGCUUAGAGGCAGCCAACAUCUCCCAGUGCCAAGCAGGAGAGUAGCUUGCUGGAGUAGGACUUAUUUUUACGAAAGACCAGAACAUGAGAAAUAGGCCCUAAGCAUCUCUCAAGUCCUCCAGUUUAGAGUCAAGGACUAGAAUAAAAUGGGUUUAGAGAGAUGACGUUCACAGAUUACUGCUUCUUCUAGGCCUUCACUAUACAUGGUCCCCUGAGUUACCCAAGGCAACCUCCAGCCUCCAGCCAAGGGAACCCCUCAUUUUAAUUAAUAAGUACUAACUUCUCUCACCAUUCCAUUUCACCAUCCACGUGCCCAUAGUGACACUAAUGACUUACAAAGUGACGAAAAGGUGAGCCACAGAAUAAAGAUGGGACAGUUGCUAGAAGUGCUCACUCUACAGAGAUUUCUUAAUCAGCUCAUGAACAGCUUAAAGUUGUCUUUAUUAUUGUUACUUGUAAUUAAUGCUUUUUGCAGCUUACUCUUAGCAAUUGCCACCUUGCUGCCCCUUCCUUUUGCUUCUUUCCUGUGUUAAGUUUCCCACAAAAGAGCACGUGCCCCUGACGGGAUGGCCGCAAAACACGCUUCUCUGCAGAACAUUGAGAUGGAAAGAGAAGAAGCUUAUUUUCUUCUCUCAUUUUUUUUUUUGCUUUUCUUGAGGAUAGACUAAUAUCAGAGUCUACCUUUAACAAAGAUAGAUGCAAUGCAUGCCUCUGAGAUUUUAUUUUAUGCAAACAAAUGGCUUUCUGUACACCUGUUGUACAGGUGCAUGUACAAUGUGCAUGGGGUCUCACCACUUCAAGGUAAUUUCCACCAUGUAUCACAGGCAUUCCAGGCCUCAUAUGGUCAUGGAUGCCCAAGACAACCAUGAGGACAAAGACCAAGGUCGAUGACCGUGGCAGAUUAGUCUCACCAGCUAUUUCCAAAUAUUGAGAACAAGCCAGGCUGGGUAUUAACAAAUCUCUUUCAUCUCCCUUUUUGUUUUUACUCUAAUUCCUUUUCUCUUCCUUCCAGCAAGAUACCCCCACAGGCUAGGGGACCUCACACAUAUUCAGGUUGUCCUCUACCUCAGGCCACACCCCAAGAUGGGGGCCCAACCUGAACUAAACUUCCUGCACUGACCAGUCCACUUGAUGUCAUGCUAAGUUGCAGAUUUGCUCUCAAUUAACUAAUUCACAAUAAGAUAUGAAAAGCUAAAGAUAGGGUAACAUAGAAGCCCUCACCAAGCUACAAAGGUAGGGAAGUGUCAGGUAGAGAGGGGUGUUUGUAGGUCAUGGCUUUGGGCGCACCUCAAUCAGGUGGAGAGAUAUACUGAGUAUGAGGAUGGCCAAAAUGAAAUAAAAGAUUAAAAUAUCUGAUCUGGGACUUUUCCCUCCAUGAGAAGAUCUAAGCUUCUUAUAGGGGGAACCAUCCUAUCACUGUAACAACUGUCUGGGCCCAAAUGAAGACUAUCUUUUUUGUUUGCAUGUUUUUAUCAUGAUAAUUAAAUGUGUUACUGGCA